CCUAACCCCUUUCCGUUUCCGGCGACACGUCCCCUCUUCCCUUCCACUUUCCUUUUCUUCUUCUUCUUCUUCACAUUAUUAUUAAUUAAAUUCCAUCUAUCUCCUCCCCCUUGUGUCUACUUAUAAUACCAACUAGAGAGGGAAGACAACAAAACAAGCAUAAGAAAAAGAAGAGGAGGAGGAGGUGAGGAGAGGAGAAGAAGAAGAUACACAAUAACUAUAGACUAGUAUGGCUAGAGGGAAGAUCGAGAUCAAGAAGAUUGAGAACACGACGAACCGGCAGGUGACCUUCUCGAAGAGGCGCAACGGCCUCUUCAAGAAGGCUCACGAGCUCUCCGUCCUCUGCGACGCCAAGGUCUCCAUCAUCAUCAUCUCCGGCACUGAGAAGCUCUACGACUACGUCAGCCCUUCCUCCUCAACAAAACAGCUGCUCGAUCUGUAUCAGACAAAAUCAGGCACCGAUGUUUGGAGCUCUCACUAUGAGAAAAUGCAAGAAACCUUGAACAAACUGAAGGAGGUAAAUAGGAAAAUUCGUCUGGAGAUCAGGAGGCGUCAUGGCCAGAGCUUGAACAACAUGACCUACGGGGAAUUGUGCGGUCUUGAGCAAGAAAUGGAAUCAGCUGCCCAUGUCAUUCGUGAACGCAAGUACAAGACAAUCUCCAAUCAGACCGAGACCACCAAGAGAAAGCAUAGGAACUCCAUACAAGUCAACAAGAAUCUCCUCCAUGCUAUUGAUGCAGAAGAGGAUGAUCUGAGUUACGAGUUAUGCGGGAAUAUCACUGAUGAUCCCAUAAUUGGCUACUUCAAUGAAGGUUCCCGUUUAUUUGCUCUUCGCCUGCAACCGAACCAGCCUAAUCUCCAAGAUGGCGGGUCCUGCAUCACAACCUACCCACUGCUUGAUUAAUAAAUCAGUCUAUGCGACUGACAUCAUAUGGCAGAUCAUACAAAUGCUGCGAUGUAUAUCAUAAAUCUCAUGAAAUUUGGGACUGAUGAAUUAUGUAGCUUGAUUUCGUGUGCUAGAACACAUCAGUACUUCUGUGUCAUGGUAUGCGCUUGACACCAGUAGAAGUGUGUACGUACCUCAUGACUCUAUAUAGAAUAUGUAGUAUGGUAUGAUGCAAUGCCAUUGCUUAAAAGACUUAUAUCAUUUCUUACCAAAGUAAAGAGAUCAGGAUGGUUUUUCUUUUCUCACC